AAGAUCGGACCAUCUUGUGUAUCGGGCCCAAAGGAGGUUCUGGAUUGGGAUCCGGUCAGAGGAGCGAUCCAGGCUUUGACUUUCAGCUCUCGGGCGGCGCAGGAGAUCCGGGCGGAUGGUACUGUUGGCAGCGUGAGCCUACCUGGUUACGCUCGGCUCGGAGGCUCCGGCAUGGACCGGCGGCGAGGUGCGAGGACUGGCCGAGGCGCGAGUCCCAAGAAAGAGUUAAAGAAAACAGGGAGACACAGUCAAAGGAAAGAGCCAAAGAAAAAACCAUCGCAUCUUUCUUGUAAAUUACCUUUCCCUGAAGACCUGGAUAUCUCAAUUAUUGGGAAGGUAAAAGAAACUGAACAAGAUGAAGAAUUGGGUGAUUCUUUUGUUGCUCCUUUACAUAGUACUGCUUUAUAUUCGGAAGCAGAGGAAAUCUUCAGACCUAGUGAGUCCCUGAUCCCUUCCGUUGUUUCCACUCCACCUGGAAAAAAGGCAAGAACAAGCACGGAAGUGAUUGAAAAUCAAUCUGAGGAAGAAGAAGGUUCUUUAAUAGGGAGAAGAACAAAAAAGGCAUUAAGAAAAUCCAGACCAUUACUUGAUGAUGAUACUGAAUCGGAAAGCAUUUCAGACAGAGUGACACAUUUAGUAAAGGGAAUGAGAAAGCAGAAGACUACAGCUUCCUCACCUGUAUGUUCUACAAAUCUUCCAGAGAAAUGUGCAGAGUCAGUGUUUUCUAACGAACUCUUUGUUGCUGAAAAAGCAUCACUUGUCACCAAGAAUGAAGCGAAGACUCUCAGAAGAGGAAUCUCUCUUGAAAAGGAGAAAUCUCAAAGUCAACCAUUAAACCCAGACUCUCAGUAUAUUUCAUCUCUAGAGAAGAAGAAAAAGUCUACCAGAGAUAAAGCAAAGUCACAUAUUGUGUUAUCUGCAUUUGAGGACACCCUGGUACAGUACAAGCAGCAAGUGGAAUCUAUAAUUUGCCAGAGAGCAAUCGACAGUUUUUAUUCUGUUUUUAAGGAACAAUUUAUUAAAAUUCUUUCCGAAGUCCAAAAUCUGAAAAAUUUGAAAAGGAAGAAUGCCAAGGUGAUUACAAAUAUCAAUAAGAAAAGGAAGUGUUUAUUUGAAGCUCAAGAUCAACUAAUAAGGACUGAACCACAGCUGAAAUAUCUACAAAUAAAAUAUGAGGAACUUAAAGAAAGAAAAUCCUCCUUCACAGAAGCAACAUGGUUUUUCUCCAAUUUAAAACAGCUUCAUGAUGAUUAUGCAGCUCUUAAUAGGCAAGCCCCAUCAGGAAGAGAAGAGUAUGACUCAUCCAGCCUGCCAGCUCUGCUGUUUGAAGCAAGAAGCAUUUCGGGAGCAGCACAGCACCUGAAGAAAAUCAACUCUCACCUUCAGCAGCUUUCUGACCAGAAAUGAGAGAGAACCUGCCUUAGAGUAUAUCUUGGUAUAAAUUUGUUCCUAGAGAUUAAGUUUGUAUAUUUAAUUUAGCAUAAUUUAUUAAACUGUAGUUAAAUAUAAAAAUCAUUAUUUUAGAAAAUUUGCUUUGGAGUAAUUCCUAGGUAGUGAAGGUCUAUAUAGAUUUGUGAAUAGUUUAAGAAAAAGAUGUUAAUAAAAAAAACAAGAUAACUUUCAGAUUUAAAGGGAUUUACUUUGAACUGAACUUACUAGCUAUUAAUGCUUUCAAUUUUAUUUCUGAAUGAUAGUAAUCUGGCAUUAAUUUUGCAGUGCUAAAAAUAUGAAAAAUUAGAUUAUCUUAAUUAAAUAUCUUAAUACUUGUAGCCUUCCUUAGUCCAUUAAAGCAUGUUAAAAAAAACACAAAACUUUGAGUAAAUAUAGUUACUUGUUAAAAAAUACUUUCUUGAGCCACAAUAUUUUUCUUAAUUUGGUUUAAAAGAAAAGAUCUAAGAGAAUAGAAGAGACAAGGAGCAUGGUGCAUUCUGCUCAUAUUUUUCACCUUUUUUUUUUUUUUAAACCAUAGUUUUUAUUUUUUCUUAUUUUGCUUUUGGUUUUGCAUAUCAUAUAUUGAUUUUUAAACAUAUACUUUCUCCUCCCAACCUAGCAGGACUUUCAUUUUACUUAACCUCUCUCCGCUCCCCCCCCCCCAAAAGAUAAAAACUGUAAAACUAACAAAAACCCAGAGAAUGUAUCCAAUCGUUCACAAAUAUUCCACUUUCCAUUUCUAUAGAGAAAUGGAAAGAAGUUUGGCUUCUCAAUUCUUCUGGCACCAAGUUUGGCUAAUAAAAUUAGUUGAGUUUUGUUUUG